GAAUCCCUGCAAAUACGGCAAAAAAUAUCCUUUAAGAGCGUUUGUUAACAGUUUUUCAGAAACUAACGUCUGAUAUAAGCGCUAAAUAAAUCGAGUUCUGAUGUAAGGGGUUGAUUGCACAAACCAGCAUGAUCGCAGAAACCAAAUCAUUCAAAAUUCUCCCCAUGACUUCACUCGACUCAAUUUAAGUUUAUUUAACAUCUGCUUUGGCAAUACUACAACAGAAAAACAGUUAAAUUGUCCAAAGAUUUAUAAUUUUCCAUUUACCAUAUUCCCUACUAUUGAAAUGAAAGGAAAAUAUUAUUUAAGAAAAAUUGUUUAUCUAAAGCUCAGUCUGACCAUAGUUUUGUUUAGUAAUUUUAGUGAGAGGUCUUAAUAUAAACCAACACAUUGCGGAAGUUCAAUCUCGACAUUAUGUUCAUCUCUUCUUCGCUUUCUUUACGUCAAAUAUUAACAAAUAUUAAAUAUUUGACAAGCCAUAACUUAAAAAACUGUAUAAUGAGAGAGCCUUCACUUGUCUUUUUUUGAAAUAAAUGAUUGAGGCUUAUAAUAUUCUCAUUUGAUGAAACCUUAGCAAAGAAGACGGUUCCUGACAUCAUAGCCUAUAGAAGGAAACCUCUUUUAUUGACUUGCUCGGAUAUUUCAAUUUCAAAUUAGCUAUGAUCUCGUUUACGUGUUGCGAUCUUAUUUGGAUAUACGCGUAACUACUGAAUAAAAUUUAAUGCAUUUAAAAUAUUUUUUCCAAAAUUUCGUAUUCAUCGAAUAUUGAAUUUUAGAAAAGGAAGUUUAAAUGUUUUUUUUUCCAAAUGGACAGUAGUGAUUUGGUUAACAAGUCAUUGUCUAUCAGUGCAUAUUUGCCUUGAAAGCUAAAAUAUGCUUGGUCGAUGUUUCAAACCUUUUUUUGAAAGUAUCUAUUAACGCUUCGUUGAAUUUUUAAAGCAGGAUAUAAAAAUACAGAAAGUGAUUGAAAAGCAAAAAAAGAAUUCUCGCAAAAAAAAAGAGGAUAUGGGCAAAUCUGUGCAAACCGUUACUUCAACAUGAAAGUAUUUCCGCUAAAUGCAUUUUAUCUGUUAAAUGUAAAACUUAAUUUCAAUAUUUAACGGAAUUAUAUAAAUAUUUUUUAUAUGCCUAUAGCAAAAAAUUACAAAUAUGGUGAACGCGACAGCUUUAGUUCCAGAGUUAGACAUAUGGCAGAACAGUGGCAUGAUUGUGCCAGCUAUAAUGACAUUGAUUUGUUUUAUAUGUACAGCCGUCUCAUUGACUGUGUCAGGAUUUAUAUGCUUAAGGGAUAGAGAGGCACAGGACGAUUCUACAAACAAAGCAAAGCAUCAUAAAGAACAAGAGUUUAUAUCAAAAGUUUUAGGUCUAUUUUACAAAAUAAGAACAUCCAAUAUAUUUCGUAUUAAAGAAAUUAUGCAAGAUUUAAACGACGAAAGACCCGUUUGGAUUGGAACAAAAAAUGAAAUCAUUACCAAUUUAGAAUAUUACGGAAUAUUUUUAACCGAAACGGAAAAAUCAAAAUUAAUGACAAAUGAAGAAGUAUUCGAAAUAGAUUGUGAAUCGCUUUUCUAUUUUGAACUAGAGAGAUUUUCAAAGGCACAGGCGAUUUAUGGGAGCAAUGUUUUAAGAUAUUUUGCAUGUAUACAACAGGAUGGAUCAGCAUUUCCGAGAGAAUUUUACCCAGAAAUCAAAUCCAUAUUUCAUAUUGAUAUUAUUUAUAACGUCUUUACUGAAAUGCAGAUUAUAUCAGACCUAUUUGUUUUACUGGCAACUGGAAUAGAUUUGGAAAUAAUCAGCGUCACCUCAAUGCCACCACAAUUUCGUCAUUCUCAAUUGGGAAAUGAACUGGAAAAGAUAAAAGAAUUUUUAUAUAAUUAUUUUAAGCGCGUGUUUCCUACUGAACGUAGCACAGCCAAUGUAAUGCGAAAGCUACCGCAGUUACCAAUGGUUUAUGAGCAAAUAAUGGGAGAUAUGCAGCCAGAAACAAUUGAAACAGUUGUUGAUGUGGAAGAAGAAGAAACGUACUACAAAACAGUGAGGAGAAAAGCACCUGUAGAAUCCACACCACGCUACACGAUGGAAAGUAAACCAGUUGAAACUAGACCAUUAAAAGCAGAUUCUCCUCCUAUUUCUCUCGGUGCACGUCGAGUAAGCUCUGGUGAAUCUGCAGGAGCAAGAGGACGGAGAUUAUCUGGAUCACUUGGCAAACAGAAAGUAAAAAUGGUUCGAGUAUAUCAAAGACUAACAGAUCGAGUGAAGCAAAAACAAAGUGUAGUUACAGAAGAUAUCGUUCCAGAUCCCGAAGAAGCACAGCAAACAACAAGUUUUGAAUCUGAGGAGCAGGCUGGAACUUCCAAAGAAGUAAAGUUUGAACCUCAACCAAGCCCACCUAUGAUUGAAACUGUAGAACCUGCUACACGUACUAUUAAAAGACAGGUAACAAAGCGUGUACCAGUUGUACGGCAACCGGAAGAAACACAAGAGUAUAUUCUUGACCAAAUGAGGACUCGUUAUAAAGCACCGAUAAAACGAGAAAGUAAUGCUCGUAGGAGAGGUAGACUAUACAAAGAAGUUGUAAUUCAACACAAUGCAUUCACUUAUAUGAUAUCAAGAGUAUUAGGCUUUUUACAAGACAGAGGUCACCUUUCUGAUAAAGAAUUAGACAACGAAAAAUACAUGGAAAUUGAUCGAAAUUUUAUUAUAUAAACUUAUGGAGUUCUCGUUUUAUAAAUUUAUAUAAUUUUUUUUUCUUAUGGGUGCUUUUUGUUUUCAACCAGAAGCAUAUGAGUUAAAAGAAGAAAAGCUUUUUUGUUUGCACAACGCUCAAAUUUGGGUAAUUUUAGUACUGGUGAUAAUUAUUUAUUUGCGGUAAUUACUGAUAUUUUUAUACGCUAAUAAUCAAGAUCUGAAUUUAUAUCUUUUUCAAUUUUUAUUUAUUUUAAUCAGCAUUGUUUUCUUGUUGAGGGGCUAUUACGAAACUCAGUGAUCGUCACGGAUGGACAAACGAUCCUUUAAGUACCAAGAAAAACUCAAAAGAAA